AAUUAGUCUUCAAUGAAAUAUAUUAUUAAUAUUAAUUAUGCAAGAAAGAAUACAUCGAGGUUUCAAAGUUUGAGUUACUCAUUUCAUUCAACCUAGCAGCCACCACUGUAAUUGAAGCUUGCCGCUCACUGGAAAAACAAUGGCUGCUAUAAAAUCUGCUUCCGCGGGGUUGGUGCUGCCACGUCCGGUUACUUUCGUUACCGGAAAUGCGAAAAAGCUUGAAGAAGUUCGCGCCAUCUUGGGACAGUCCAUUCCUUUUCAAUCCCUCAAACUUGACUUGCCUGAGUUGCAAGGAGAGCCGGAAGAUAUCUCCAAAGAAAAGGCCCGUUUGGCUGCUAUUCAGGUUAAAGGACCUGUUUUGGUGGAAGACACUUGCCUCUGUUUCAAUGCCUUGAAGGGUCUUCCAGGGCCUUAUAUCAAAUGGUUUCUCCAGAAGAUUGGUCAUGAAGGUCUCAACAAUCUGUUGAUGGCAUAUGAUGAUAAAUCAGCUUAUGCAUUAUGUGUAUUUUCCUUUGUAGUCGGUCCAAACAGUGAACCUAUCACAUUUUCAGGAAAAACACCGGGGAAGAUUGUUCCUCCAAGAGGACCCAAUGAUUUUGGAUGGGAUCCCAUAUUUCAACCUGAUGGCUAUGAUGAAACUUAUGCAGAGAUGUCCAAAGAAGAAAAGAACAAAAUUUCUCACCGCUCCAAAUCUCUUGCACUGGUGAAAUCACAUUUUGCUGAAGCUGGAUAUACCUUUCAGAUCUAAAAUGGUAGACUAUAAGUAGUCAGAAGUUAUAUAUUAGAUAAUAAAUUUAAGCUUGGUUGAAAAUGAAUUUGCUCCAACACAUUUAAAUGCAUGAUUGAUAAAUAUAAUUUGGUUGAAUGAUAUUAUUGAAAGUACUUUUUGAAUAUAUAUGAAGAGAUAUCAUCUUCUGAAACUGAAA